ACAAACAAAAAAAAAAAAAAAAAGAAAGAAAGAAAGGUGUUUUCACAGUGAAGCGUGAAGAAAUUAAAGUCAGAAGCAAACAAAAUCCCAAAAAACUGUUAUGAUUUGGUCAUGAGCUUCCGGCGAGAGAAAGAGUUACUAAGAGAAAAUAUUAGAUGAAUCUGAGUUUCAUAUAAGCGUAAGUAAAAAGCUUGAAUUUUGUGGAGGAAGAUAUGGGAGGAAAGGAUCGGAGCUUCCCGGUGGAUCCGAAUGUCCCCAAAUGGAACUGCCAGAAUUGCCGCCACCCACUCUAUAUCGUCGGCGUUGAUUCGUACGCCGAAAAGUUCUUGAACGAUUCCACUCGUUCAGGCAUGCAGGGCUCGAUAAUACAUGGGGCAAAUAGUGUGUUAGCUUCCACGCGGAUGGACAAUUCUUUUGUUGUGUUACAGAAGCGCAGACCACCCCAGGGACAAGAAGCCCCUCCUCGUCCUCGUGGUGGUGCUGCCCAGCCUGACGCAAGCCACUCUGGAAAAUCAAUGGAUGAGUCCUUUGUGGUUGUAUAUAAACCUGAGUCCUCCUUGGAUGGAGGUGGGGCUCAUUUACCAUCAUCCGAUGGAGGAUCCAAUGGUCACUUGCAGCCAAACAAUUCUGGGUUUCAUACAACUAUAACUGUCCUCAAACGUGCAUUUGAAAUUGCAACCACUCAGACACAGGUUGAACAACCUUUAUGUCUUGAAUGCAUGAGGGUAUUGUCUGAUAAACUUGAUAAAGAGGUUGAAGAUGUUAAUAGGGACAUUGAAGCAUAUGAAGCUUGUCUUAAACGCUUGGAGGGGGAGGCUCGAGAUGUUCUUAGUGAGCCUGAUUUUCUCAAGGAGAAACUAAAGAUUGAAGAAGAAGAGAGAAAACUUGAAGCAGCAAUUCAAGAAAUAGAGAAACAGAAUGCUGAAGUAAAUGCUGAACUGAAGGAACUUGAGUUGAAAUCUAGCAGAUUUAAGGAAUUGGAGGAACGGUAUUGGCACGAGUUCAAUAAUUUUCAGUUUCAAUUAAUUUCGCAUCAGGAAGAGAGAGAUGCAAUCCUGGCCAAGAUAGAAGUUUCACAAGCACAUUUGGAGUUACUGAAACGAACUAAUGUGCUUAGUGAUGCCUUUCCCAUCUGGCAUGAUGGAGAAUUUGGAACAAUCAACAAUUUUCGACUUGGACGGUUACCUAAAAUUCUGGUUGAGUGGGAUGAAAUAAAUGCUGCCUGGGGCCAAGCUUGCCUUCUCCUCCAUACUAUGUGUCAAUAUUUCCGGCCAAAGUUUCAAUAUCGAAUAAAGAUACUUCCUAUGGGGAGCUACCCUCGAAUUAUGGACAGCAACAACAAUACUUAUGAGCUGUUUGGUCCUGUGAACUUGUUUUGGAGCACUCGCUAUGACAAAGCAAUGACUUUGUACUUGACAUGCCUUAAGGACUUUGCCGAGUUUGCAAAUUCUAAGGAUCAAGAAAACAAUAUACCACCAGAGAAAUGGUUUAAGUUGCCUUACAAGAUAGAGAAUGACAAAGUGGAAAACUACUCUAUCACGCAAAGCUUUAACAAGCAGGAGAAUUGGACCAAAGCCCUCAAGUAUACACUCUGCAACUUGAAAUGGGCUCUCUAUUGGUUUGUAGGGAGUACAAAUUUCCAGCCUCUUUCUGCAAUGGUAUCUUCACAUGCUGAGGUACCUGCUGUAGGUUCUUUAUACACAAAGCGCAGCUCGGACUCAAAGUUGGAGUUUCGCAACUCAUAAACCCAUGAUUUAAACACACAAUGUACAUAUUACAAAGUCAAUAUUUGUGCAUUUAAUGGUACACUUCUUAUUUUGCGAGGAGCAUGAAGAACUGGAAAGAAAAUUUGUCCUUUUAAUCUGUAAUACUGAGUAUGAGAUAUCUGUGAUUAUUGGGUGAUCUCAGCUAAUAAUCACACCUUCCUACAAUGUACAUAUAAUUUUCAAAGAGCCAUCGAUAUAUGUCUUGGAUCGUAA